UAAAAAAACAUUAAAAAAAUAUGCUGCGUCGAGACAGAUUUAGCGCCUGAGUGAGCGCUAGACAUGAUUCAAGAAGUUUAAUCGUGUAAAAAACUAAAUAAAACUAAAUAAAAAUAUAUAGUAAAGAAUUUAGAUCAAAUGGCUCAGGAGAAGAAAUCGGGGCUGUUAAAAAGGACGUCGUCGUCUAAGAAGCCGCUGAAGGAGAAAGUGGUGUUGAUGUACGAUGAGAUAUUCACGAAAGUCGACCCAGCCAAGGCGAACCCUCGCUUCUGGGACGAGCUCUUUCUGAUGAAGGUGAAUCUGGAGUAUCUGGAAACCAAGCUGGAAGCCCUGGACGGAGAUGAAGUAAUGAUGAUGAAGGAUAACAUCAACAGCCUGUUCCAUCACUGCGUCCAGGCGCUGGAGGAAGACCACCAGAUCCGGGUAGUGAAUGCCCUGCAGACACUGUGCGCCCUGUUCCGAGGGGUGCAUCAGAAAAACAAAUCGGCCACGGGCUUCGACAUUAUAAACAUGUUGGUGGGAUUCGACAAAGCCGAAGUCAGGAUGAAGGAUCUCAUGGAGAGCCUGGACAGUUUGCUGUGUGGAGAUGGUUCUGAGAGCCUGAAGAGCCUCUGCCUCAAGCUGCUGCUGUGUUUGGUUACGGUGACUGACAAUAUCAGUCAGAACACCAUCCUGGAGUACGUGAUGAUCAACAGCAUCUUCGAGGCCAUUUUACAGAUCCUGUCUGACGUCUCGAGCAGAGGGCAGCACGGCUACGACGCAGUGGUUCUCCUGGCUCUUUUGGUGAACUACCGGAAAUACGAGUCGGUGAACCCCUACAUUGUGAAGUUGUCCAUAGUGGAUGAUGAAGCGACCCUGGCUGGUAUGGGUAUGGUUAUCCAGCAUGCUCUUACAGAAUACAACCGGCAGUACAAGGAUAAAGAGGAGGACAACCAUGGGGGAUUUUUUUCCACACUGAGCAGCAUGGUGGGCAGCAUGUUCAUCGCGGACGCUGACGAGAAGCUGUCGGUGCAGACCAACGAAGCCAUCCUGCUCGCUCUGUAUGAGGCGGUCCACCUGAACCGGAACUUCAUCACGGUUCUUGCGCAAAGUCACCCGGAGAUCGACAUGGCGGCGUCGCCCGUGACGCCCACCCCGACGACGCCGACGACGCCUCUCGGAACCACGCCUCCUUCUUUAGACGUGAUGCAGAACCCCGAGCUGCCGCUGGACCCCAACCUCCAAACGAGCAACCUGCUGAUCACGUUUCUGAAAUACUCCUCCAUCGUCAUGCAAGACACCAAGGACGAGCACCGUCUCAACAGCGCCCGAUUGUGCCUCAUCAUCCUCACGUGCAUCGCCGAGGACCAGUACGCCGACGCCUUCCUCCACGACGACAACAUGAACUUCCGCGUCAACUUGCACCGCAUGCCCAUGAGGCACAGGAAGAAAGCGGCGGACAAGAACAUCCCGUCCCGGCCUCUCGCCUGCGCCGUCUUGGAUCUGAUGGUCGAGUUCAUCAUCACUCACAUGAUGAAGGACUUUCCCAUGGAUCUCUACAUGCGCUGUGUUCAGAUUAUUCACAAACUAAUCUGCUAUCAGAAGAAGUGCCGGAUUCGCCUGCACUACACCUGGAGGGAACUUUGGUCGGCGCUCAUCAACUUGCUUAAGUUCCUGCUGUCGAACGAAACCAGCCUGUUGUCCAAACACAACAUCUUCUACCUGGUGCUGCAGGUGGUCCAUCUCUUCAACAUGUUCAUCACGUACGGAGACACGUUCCUGCCGACGCCGAGCAGCUACGACGAGUUGUAUUACGAGAUUAUACGCAUGCACCAGGUCUUCGAUAACCUCUACUGCAUGGUGCUUCGGGUCUCCACCAACGCGGGCCAGUGGAAGGAGCCGGCGAGCAAAGUCACCCACGCGCUGGUUAACGUCCGAGCCAUCAUCAACCACUUCAACCCGAAGAUCGAAUCCUACGCCGUCGUGAACCACAUCUCCCAGCUUUCUGAAGAUCAGGUCCUGGAGGUGGUGCGCUCCAACUACGACACGCUGACCCUGAAGCUGCAGGAUGGGUUGGACCAGUACGAGAGAUAUUCGGAGCAGCCCAAGGAGACGGCUUUCUUUAAGGAUCUGGUGCGAUCCAUCAGUCUGAACGUCAGGAAGAAUGUUUCCCUCAACACUCUGAGUCAGGAUGUUCUCUUGAAGGAGUUCUCUUCUAUAUCUUGAAACCUGCACACCAUCGCAGUGCAACACGUCACACUCGAUUACUGGUUUUCAAGUCUUUCCUACAUGAUUUGCUGGAAAUCACACCAUGGUUGAAACCCAGCACUAAAAGUGUUUUUGUUUUUGUUAUUUCUUUUCUUCUUCAGUUUGAGGGUUUGGUUGUUGUCAUUGCUCAUGUUUUUUUUAUUAAAAGUUCAUCUGAAUUCUGUUUCUUCUUCCAUCAGUGUAUUUAAUUAAAAUCCAAUCAAUGUAAUACCAGACACCGUUGCUUGAUCCUGCUGUGAUUCUUUUUUUUUUUAUUUUAUUGCUUUAAUUUUUUUUAAUGAAUCUCCAAUUAAAAUUCUCCAGUGUUCACUCGAAGGUAUUACUAUAUGAAAGAUGUGAACUUUCCACCACAAUUACACCUACUGUCCUGCUUGGGACCUUCUCUAGACAUGAUCAUGAUAAUGUAAUAAUCAACCUGGAGACCUGCUGAAGACAGAAUCCUGAGAUGAAAACAUCUCUGCUCUGCUUCUCGUGUAAGUCUUUGCUCACACAUCGAUAAUCAGUCACAUGAUGAAGGACUUUUCGAAAGGCUGAUUUACUGGUAGAAGAAAUGCAGAAUGAGGUCAGAUCUUUAUCACUUGGUGCUCGGAUCCAUGCUGACAUCUCAAUGCUGUUCCUCGGUAACAUCCGGUGCAUCAUUUAAUGUUUGAACUAAAAAAAUUUAAUCCCUUAUAGGAGUGAAUUUGUGUCGAAAGCCUGGUUGAUCUUUUUCAGUGGAUUCUGCUCGAUAGAAUAACCAUAACAAGAACAUCAGUCAUGUGACUACUGAUUUUCAGGAGUGGUUUUCUCUCGGAGUCAUGGUCUAACACCCCGACCUAAAUGUGUCUGCACAUCAUCACUAUCAUUUGUGUUGGGUUUUAUGGAGCAUUGUUUUUUUUUUUUUUUUGGUGUUUUAUUUUUUUGUUUUUUCUUUCCUUCUCUGAUUCUGUUUAUCAUAAAUCAUCUUGCGGUUUUCUGUUUGAUUUGUUUAAUGUCAGUGUUUCCCAGCUAUAAUGUUUAAAAUCAGAUUUCAGUGGAAAAUUAUUUUAUUUUUUAUGUAAAACUCAAAUCUAAACAUUAACUCCAAAUGUGCACAAUGAGCUACUGUCCUGAACAUCAUCUAAUAGAUUUGUUUUUAUUUCUUAAACCUCCUACUCACAUUGUUCUUGUUUGAUUACUAUCAUCACUACACUGUCAUAGAAAAUAAAUAAAAACUCAAACAGGAAGAA